AUGGCAACCAUCACCGCCUCACCACCGGCCAUGUCACCGCCUCUGGCGGCAUCAACCAGCUCUCCUCCUACUCUUCCUCCUUUAAUUACGACGACACCGACUCCGCGGCAGACGAGUUCUCAAAGGCCAACCUCAUAUGUCGAAAGGCGCAUGUCCUCCUUCUCGACAAAUUCAAAGUCGUCCCACCAGCCGCAUUCGCGCCCUACCUCUCAUGUCUUUCCUCUUUUUCAUUCCAGUCUACCAUAUACCCUGGUACGAGAUUUUGCAUAUUUAUCGACACAUCCUUUGCAUUAUGGACCGCCGCCCAACCAGUCAGGACUGUCCACACCCGCCAGUGAAUCGAGACGAUUGUCGGAUCCUGCGGUCUCAUCUUGGGAGGAUUCUAGAGGACAAUGGUCUGCCACGCCUCCGUGGAUGUCGGAAGCCAGUUCUGGUUCGUGGGGACGGGAUCGACUGCCCGCCAUGACGUUCAAAGAUGAUGGGCCUCCUUACAGCGAGGAUGAAGAUAUCCAAUCACCUAUUGUGACCACGAGUAGACAUAAAAAGCACAAAUCAAAUGAAAGAGGGAGAUCGCCUGGUGCGGCCGGACCUAAUCGCGGAAACUUGAUUGGAGCCAGUGGCUAUCCAGGCGAUGAUGAUGGACCGGGUGAGGCCGUGGACACCUAUGAUAAUAAUGUACUCCGGUUUCCGCAUCAGCCUCAACAUCGAGAUUCCAACUUCGCAAAACCACUGCAAAGAAACCAAUCACCCAUUCCUACCGAAGAGCCCAUGUCCGAAGACGAAUUUUCCGAGGCCGACGAUGACACGCGUUUCUCAAAAGACUACUCUUUCACCAUCGCAAGUCCAGAUGAAGAGAUGCACGGAAAAGCUGUCGCAUUAUUUGAUUUCGAAAGUGAGCAUCAAAAUGAAUUGCCUUUGAAAGAAGGGCAGAUAAUUCUAGUGUCGUAUCGACAUGGACAAGGCUGGCUCGUGGCGGAAGAUCCCCGGACUGGAGAGAGUGGACUUGUUCCAGAGGAAUUUGUCAGGUUGGUUAGAGAUAUCGAGGGUGGUCUCCAUGGCUUGAAUUCCGUGACUUUGGAUGAUGGGAAUCCCGACGGUGUUAUCAGUCCCGUCUCGACGGAUCCGGGCUCAAUGAAUACACCCGUUCCGAACAACCACGACUUCCCUCCUCACAACACUCUGAAGCCAAAUAGCAACUCUGGCAAUUCUGGAGAGAAGCAUCCACCUGUCCAAUCGAGUUUCAGCACAAGCAGUCGCGAUUUUGGCCCCUAUCCCCUUCCCGGGAAGACCGAUGACGCCGCAGCAACGACUCCUGUGGUGGGACCUCAGGGAGCAAAGGACCGGGAGAAAGAGAGGGAGAAGGAUAGUAUGAGCUGA